UUUGAGACACUUCGAUACCGUCUGUCCUUCCUUAAAUCCAAAGCUGAGCUGCUCUCCAUGCUGGACAUGGGGACUCUCUACACCUUCAGGUAUCACGUGUGGCCCAAAGGUCACGCUCAUACCAACUAUGCCAAAUGGCGAACAGCCACCACCCCCUACAAGGUGGAGUGGGAGCCGGACUUUGAACCGUAUGUGGUGGUGAGACGAGACUGUCCGGAGUACGACCAGCGAUUUGUGGGCUUCGGCUGGAACAAGGUGUCGCACAUCAUGGAGCUGGAUGCACAGGAGUACGACCUGAUGGUCCUUCCCAACGCCUUCAUGAUCCACAUGCCUCACGCUCCGAGCUUUGACAUCUCUAAGUUCCGCUCCAGCUCCAGUUACCGCAACUGUCUGAACACUCUGAAGGAUGAGUUCCACCAGGACCUGUCCAGGAAGUACGGCUCGGCCGCUCUCAAGUACCUCACCGCCCAGAGGAACAUCUGA